AUGGAACGGUAUAAAUUUGUUAGGGUCAUUGGAAAGGGAACAUAUGGGAUUGUUCUCGAAUGCAUAGAUCGGGAAACUAAAGAACUUGUAGCCAUAAAGUGUUUUAGGAGGGAUACCUCCUCCGAGAAAUAUUUUUUUCAGACUAUAAUUCGUGAUCUUCGUGUACAACAGCUUCUUGAAGGAGAGCCACACAUCGUUAAGCUACUUGAUGUUUUCCAGGAAGGGGAGCAGAUUUAUUUAGUGAUGGAAUACGUUCCUCAUAAUCUUCUAGAAAUCUUAGAGAAGAAUCCUAAAGGACUCGAGUUUGAGGCUCUGCGAUUGCUCAUCUACACCACUCUUCUCGGUGUUCGCUCUCUUCAUAGGCGAGGCCUUAUUCACCGAGAUAUAAAGCCAGAAAAUAUACUAGUGGAGGAUGAUGGUACCGCUAAAUUGUGUGACUUUGGCUUUACACGCCCAGUUUUAUUGGCGAACCGACAAGCCACAUCUACAUUAGCUACAUUUCCCCCUUCAAUAAAAAGGUUAGCGAACACAGAAGACGAUAGUAAAAAGGGGAGUUCAUCCAUGAAUCCGAGUUUAUUUACCCUAGACGAUCUUGUAUAUGACUGUACCGCCAACUCUAUGACAGCAUACGUGUCCACUCGGUGGUACCGUAGCCCUGAGAUGCUGUUGGGGGUACCCCAAUACGACUUUGUGGUGGAUAUGUGGGCAAUGGGCGCAAUCAUGGCGGAGGCUGCGGAUGGUGAACCACUACUCCCAGGCAAUUCAGAGUUAGAUCAGCUCUCUUUAAUUCAGACUCGCGUAGGUCGAUUCCCAAAUUCCUACCAAGCCUUAUUGCAGAAACUUGGCUCUAGCGUUCCCUAUGAAUGUGAAAAGACCGAUUGCAGCCUUUUUUCAAUAUUAUCUGAAUGUGAAUUCAGUGAUUAUCUACACACGCGAUUUCAUAGCGUUUUGGGAAAGCUUGGGGUACACCUCCUGCAGUGCCUUUUAGUAAUAGAUGCUUCGAAGCGAAUAACAGUGGAAGAGGCCCUGCAACACCCUUUUUUCGAUGGGGUCGGCGCACAAUACUCGCUGCUGCUGCCGUCUUCACGGCGUGCUCCUUCCCUAGUUUCUUCAAAAGCGUCUUGCGUGAAGCUUAGCAAUAAUCUUAUGUCAACCGACACCGCUGCAAAAGAGCCGGACAAAGACGGAAUCCCACCCCUGUCCGAACUGACAUCAUCCGUGCCUACUUCCCAUCACCAUUCCAAAAAGAACAAUCCAAUGGAAAGGGUUAGCAUCAGUGAAACGAAGCUGUUUGGCUCCGUAAAGGAAGUAACACAGGUAGACGCCGGCUCUCUAAAUCAGCUCAAGAGGCGCAUGAUACUAGUCCAUGACUCUAAGUUUAAGAAGCACGAACCGAAUCUAAAAUUUCUUAUCCCACAGUUAAGAGCACCGCACGACGAUACGAUGUCUAAGCGGCGCCUUGGAAACGAUUUUGAAAGGUCAAGAGGAAAAAAUAGAGUAAAAAACUCCACACAGCCCACCAACUCUGUGUCGUUUUCCACUUCUGAUCGUCGGUCUACUUCAAGGAAAGCCUUAAAAAUGCUAAUUGAGGCUACAACCAAAAUGUCAUCGAUGUGGCAGAACACCAAACGUAAUGGGGUUGGCGCAGGUGCCACCCAUACCACCCUUAGCGACCACAACGAGAAUCCCGAAAGCAUACUGAUUUGCGGCCCAUCGCAUGCGAAGGACAUUCAAAAGGUUGAAUCCAAUGAGAGGAUUUUCAGCUCAAACUGUUGGGAUGACUCCUCCGCCCCGCACAAUGACACCUUGUCUGGAAAACUCAAUUCACGCCCGCGACAUGGCAAGCGCUCUGGUUCGAAAGGCUCACACGGCCAACCGGAGGGCUGCACAACCCCACUCCUGCGCUGUCCCUCCACGAGGGCGCGGCACCCCCCCUUCAGGCGAUUAGGGACAAACACGCAAUCCCAGUACUUCACGUCCGCACAGAGAUGGGGGCCCACGCAGGAUUCCUCCCGGUCUCAGAAGCCCAAGGCCCACCCAAACCUGCGAAAGGAAGAUCCUCCCCUUCGUGACACGGUGCCCGCUGUGACAUCUGGGGAGCGGACGAAACCGGCUGGGCCCCCCCAGGAGAGACGGGACGGGCCAGGAGGGGCUUCCAUUCGGCGGUAUCGAAGACAUUCCUCGCCGGUGGGCCGGCCGACCCGUACGCAGAGCUCCGAGAAGAACAGCGUCGGCCGCGGUGCGCCAGGGCAGCGGGUGGGGGCGACAGAGGACUCAACACACCACAACCCCCCAACGCGAACCCCGUUGCUAUUCUUCCGGAUGAAGAAAAGCUCUACUACUUUGGAUGGACCAGUGGUAGGAGGGUAUUUAGGUUCGACAAAUACACGUGGAGUGGCUUCUCUCGGGCGAGGCGUGCCGUCGACGCCGCGUCUGAUGCCCAUUACUUCGCAUCUACCGCCAGCUGUGCUUUCCUCGCGUAAGGGUCCCAGCCCUGCCUCAGGUAAUCCAUAA